AUGUUUAUUCGACGAGCCUCGGUUUUCGCUCGUAACAUACAAAAAGAAAUCGCCUUAAAUGGAUUAACAAGGGGUUACAAGUUUAAAAACACAAUUGUAGAAUGUCCUGUAAUGCAUAGCAUUCGACUCAAUUCGAGCGACACUACAAUAAUAAACCAACCACAAAAAUCAUCUGUCGUCAAGGGGGAAGAAAAUUCACCGAUUUGUAUCAACAGUUCAAGUCCAAGUACACAAAUUCAAUCUUCAAUCGCAAAAUCAACAAAAUCAACAAAAUCAAGUAAUAAAAUUUCACUAUUAAAACCUUCAUUAGACAUAAAGUUAUCAAUUGAACAAUUAAAAGAAAGAACAAAAUUAGCAGAAAUGAACAAGAAUGGAAUAAAAUGGAAAGAAUGGACAGAAGAAGAAACAAACCUAUUAUUUAUGGCAUUAGAACUUCAUGGAAAUCGAUGGAAAUUUAUUCAUAGGAAUUAUUUUAAUUAUAGAACAUUACAUUCAAUAAAAUGCAAAUGGGAUAGAGUAAAAAUUAAGUAUGAAAAUAGUCAUAAAACAAUUAUAUCAGCAUGGGCACCAGAAGAAGAUGAACUUUUGUUAAAGGCUGUUGAAAAAUAUGGUAAAGGGAAAUGGAGAAAAAUUUCAAGAAUGCUACCAAAUAAAAAUGCGUUACAAGUGUAUAGGAGAUAUUAUUUUAUUAAAUAUACAAAACGCGGUAAUUUUACCGAAGAAGAAGAUAAUUUGUUAUGUAAUUUGUUAAUAAAAUAUGGUGGAAAUUAUUGGCAAAGAAUUGCAGAGGAAAUGAAAAGACCCGUUCAUACUAUUAUGAAACAUUACAAGUUCGUUUUAUUAAACGCUGCUAAAUUUUCAACAUGGACCGAUCAAGAGAAUGAAUUAAUUAGAAAUUCUAUUUUAAAAUAUGGUAAAGAUUGGAAAAAAAUUCAAAAUUUGCUACCUCAUCGUUUGCCUCGUUCUAUUAAAGAACAUGUUAGGUUUUGUUCUUUUGCUGAUCCACAUUAUAAUAGCGGUUUCUGGGAAAUUGAUGAAACUAUGAGAUUAGUUAAGGCUGUUAGAUUAUAUGGAAAAAGUUGGCAAAGUGUUUCAAAAUUUGUUAAAACCAGAUCUCCUUUUCAAUGUCGUAUCUAUUUUAGAGAUGCCUUCACAAGAAAAGGUCGAGAACACUAUAUUUUAAAUUUGGAACUUGAAGGAAUACAACAAAUAUUUCCUACUGAGGAUCAAGCGACUCUGGAGAAACUUGCAGCAGAACAAUUAUUAAUGGAGUUAAGGUCUCCGGAAUCGGAAUCAGAAUAUAAUUCUCCCGAGACAACUUCUACUGAACACAAUUCUACAAAUUAA